UCUGGAGUGGCGGUUUCUGACUGUGUCAUCAAAAUGUUCAAUGACAUGAAGGUGCGUAAAUCCUCAACACCAGAGGAGGUGAAGAAGCGCAAGAAGUCAGUACUUCUCUGCCUGGGCGAGGACAAGAAGAACAUCCUCGAGGAGGCCAAGGAGAUCCUGGUAGGUGAUGUGGGCCAGACUGUGCACGACCCACACGCCACCUUUGUCAAGAUGCUACCAGACAAGGACUGCCGCUAUGCCCUCUAUGACACAACCUAUGAGAGCAAGAAGGAGGACCUGGUGUUUACCUUCUGGGCACCUGAGUCUGCACCCCUUAAGAGCAAAAUGAUUUAUGCCAGUUCCAAGGAUGCCAUCAAGAAGAAGCUGACCAGGAUCAAGCAUGAAUUACAAGCAAACUGCUACAAGGAGGUCAAGAAAUUGGGGGGCAGUGCCGUCAUCUCUCUGGAGGGCAAGCCUUUAUGAGCCCCCUCCAGCCCCCUGCCUGGAGCAUCUGGCAGCUCCAGACCUGCCCUUGGGGGUUGCAGGCUGCCCCCUUCCAGCCAGA